UGAAAUAGAAGAAAAAAGAAAGGGGGAUAGGAAGAGUAGUGAAUAGUGUUUGUGUCCUCUGUAGAAAAUUUGCGGUAUGUACCGAGUUGUUAGGUUAUUCGGUUCAAAUCAAAUUCUAAAGUAACUAUGCUGAUAAUAAGAAAAAUAUCUUGAGUGAUUUAUUAUUUCUAUUGUCUUAAAUAAUGGCAGAAAAUCUGUCUAAACGGCCUUCUAAAGGAAUCUUGAAAACUUCCAGCAGUUUCGAUAAUCCAGAAGCGCCUAGACCAAGUAAAGAAACAAAAUGGGAUGAAAUGAACAUAAUCGCAACUUUACAUCCACCCGAUAAAGAUUAUGGCCAUAUGAAAAUAGAUGAACCUAAAACCCCAUAUAGUUAUGAAGGCCUUGGUAAUGAACAUGAAUUAGAUGAAAUAGACACUGUUGCAAUUGCAACUAAAUUAGCUGAAGGUACUAAGCCCAAAAUUUUUGAUGAACCAAGUGAGGAUGAAGAUGAUGAAGAAGAAGAAACACCAGAAGAAAGAGAAAAGAGAAAAGCAUUCGAAGCAAAAAGAAAAGGUCAUUAUCGUGAAUGGCAUGCCGUACAAUUAGCACGAAAGCAGCUAUUGGAACAAGAUGAAGAUGAUGAAGAUGACGAAGAUGAUGAAGGUGAUAAUAAAAAUGACAGCGAUACAUCAUCGGAAGAAGAAAGUGCAUUUAAAACACGUUUUAAGUGCAUGCCGUCCUGUGAUAGAAGAGAGAACAAAUAAAUAAAUACAAAUAUAAAAGAAGAAGAACAAGAACAACAACAACAACAACAAAAAGAAGAAAUCUUUAGUAAUUCAAUUUUAUAUCAUAGAUAGAUUCUCUAUGUCAUCGUUUGUAAAUAAAUAUAACAAAGAGAUUAGA